GUGGCGCGAGGAUGCGCAUGCGCGUGGGACUCGGCUCCGCAGCCAAUGAGGGGCUUGGCCCUGGUCGCUAGGAUACACAGUACCGGUCGCAGUAACUGUCAUCUUGAGAGGCAACUUGUGCUAGAGCAAGCCGAGCUGAGACAGGGCACCCAAUACCCAGCAUGUCGGAGAGGAGAAGCCGCAGAGGGUCCUCUGCUGCUGGCCGCCGGGGGCAUACCCGCUCUCGCACUGCCCGAGCGGAACUGAUAUUUUCCGUUAGCCAGAUGGAGCGAGGUCUGUGGGAAGGCCACUACGCCCAGCGCCUGAGUGACAACGCGCCAAUCUACCUUGCUGCUGUCAUCCAAUAUCUGACGGCCAAGAUCCUGGAGCUGGCUGCCGAGGAGGCUGACAACAAUGGAGGAGAGAGGAUCAUCACUCCGCGGCUGCUGGACCUGGUGAUUCGUAAUGAUGGGCUGCUGAGCACCCUCUUCCGAAACAUACUCAUCUCUCAAGUGGCUCCUGGCCCAAACUAGCUGCUGACGACGCCAGCAUCCUGGGACCUGGCAGGUCCACUCAUCCACCCACCUGGCCCCAAAACCCCCGGCCCCAAA